AUGAGACUCCUACCAAGAAAUUUACGAAGGAGACGAUCAACCUUAUUGUGCUUUCUUUUAGCUGCUAUAUUGCUCUUAGGCAGUGCACAUUAUUUAGGAAUAUUCAAACUUUCGUCUGAUCUAACACAGUAUUCAUUGAGGCAUAUUCGAUAUCUUAAGUACCAACAAUUAGAACCAUAUAGGACAGGACCAGGAGAGCAGGGAAAUGCAUUUUCCUUAGAAGGAGAAGAUGAGAAACUUAUAGAUGACCUGAUUAAGAGAGAGGCAUUUAACAGAAAAGCUAGUGAUAAGAUAUCACUGGAAAGAUCUGUGAAAGAUGUUCGUGAUAAGAGAUGCAAGAGCAUCACGUAUCCUAAAGUGUUGCCUAAGGCAAGUGUUGUGAUUAUAUUCCAUAAUGAAGCUUGGUCCGCUCUACUUCGUACGGCACACAGCGUAGUCAACAGGUCCCCACCGGAUCUUCUGCAUGAAGUGGUUUUGUUGGAUGAUUUCUCUGACAAAGACUUCCUUAAAGAGAAACUGGAGACCUACAUAGCAGAAACCUGGCCAGAUGGCAUUGUCAAGCUAGUUCGAACAAAAGUAAGGUCUGGUCUAAUCAGAGCCAGGAUAGCUGGGGCAAACGCUGCAAGUGGAGAUGUUCUCAUUUUCUUGGACUCUCAUUGUGAAGCCACUACAGGAUGGAUUGAACCAUUGCUAAGUCGAAUUAAUGAAGAUCGGCGGGUUGUGGUGUGCCCUAGUAUUGAUGCCAUAGAUGCAAAAACAUUGGAAUAUUCAAGCAAUGGUGGAUAUCAAAUUGGCGGCUUUUCAUGGAGCUUGCAUUUUACCUGGCAGGAUGGUUCACCCAGACCUCUAGAGAGUUCGAACUACACCAAACCAAUAUCGUCCCCUACAAUGGCUGGAGGAUUGUUUGCUGUGGAUCGCAAAUACUUUUUUGAAGUUGGUGCUUAUGAUCCUGGCAUGGAUGUCUGGGGUGGGGAAAACCUUGAGCUUUCAUUCAGAGUGUGGAUGUGCGGUGGUAAGCUGGAGUUUGUGCCGUGUUCCCGAGUUGGUCAUAUUUUUCGAGCGAGUCACCCAUACACAUUUCCAGGUAACAAAGACACACAUGGGAUCAACUCAGUCCGCCUAGCAGAAGUUUGGAUGGAUGAAUAUAAAAGACUUUUUUACAUGCAUCGUAGAGAUUUACUGAACACAGACUUUGGAGACAUCACAGAAAGGAAACGAUUGAGAGAAAAAUUAAAAUGCAAAAAUUUCAAGUGGUAUCUGGACAAUGUUUAUCCACAAAAGUUUAUUAUUGAUGAGAAUGUGAAAGCAUGGGGAAUGGUGAGAAAUACCAAUUCAAGUAUGUGCUUAGACACCUUACAGAAGGAUGAAAGUACAGUCUUUGAAAUGGGAUUAUUUUCCUGCCAAAAUGGAGGCAGUUCAAGUCAGGUGAUGUCAUUGUCUAAAAAUGACCAACUGAGAAGAGAAACAGGAUGCCUAGAAGAAUCUAGUGAUGGCGGAAGUAAAGUGUCACUGCGACCUUGUUCUGAUAGAUCUAGCAUGAAAUGGGUUCAUGACAAGAAAACAGGCACCAUAAUUAACCAAGCAUCAGGUAAGUGUUUGGACAUGGGAAGAGGCAAGAAUGGAGACUUUGUGAGCACAAGUAUUUGUAACGGCAGUGAAACUCAGAAGUGGGCCAUGCAACACUACUUGGACAUGUGA